AGCCAACGCAAGGGCUCGGUGGGAAAGGACCACAGUUUAGGGUUCUUCUGCCACUGGAGAGGGAGGGGCAGGGUCAGCUCCUUGCAGGUGAGACAGACCCCGAUCACUGUCACGUGAUAUGACAAGUCCCGGGUAUCCAGGAGAAAGCGGAAGUGACGCAGUCCCAGUCGUGGCUCACACUGGAGUUUCCAUAGUAACCGAGCUGCGGCCCAAGUGGAAGCGAUGAGCCUGGGCCUCGCUUUUGCCCGUUUCGGGGGAGCGGUGACUUCCCGGCUGGUCGCGGCGGCCUCCGGGUGCUCAGCCUUGUGCCUGCGCCGGGUUCUCCGUCCCGGUGGUGGCGGAGGCGGCCGGCCUCCGGCCCACUGCAGAAACCUCUGGAGCGGCCGGAGGCGGCGGGCCGCCAUCGGUGCGGCCCAGGCCGCUGCCACCCACUACCAGCUGGUCUACACCUGCAAGGUGUGCAAUGCAAGAUCUGCAAAGAGGAUUUCCAAACUUGCUUAUCAUAAUGGAGUGGUUAUUGUAAAGUGCCCUGGGUGCAGCAAUCAUCACAUCAUAGCUGACAAUCUGGGGUGGUUUUCAGACUUAGAAGGAAAAAAGAAUAUUGAAGAAAUAUUGGCUGCAAGAGGAGAAAAAGUUCAGCGUGUGGUUGGUGAUGGCUCCCUGGAAAUUAUGAAAGAAGUUGUCAGUGAUAAACCUGGAGAUUCAGCUGAAGGGGACGUUUCUAAGAACACCCUGAGCUCUGGAGAGCAACCAAAAUCCUGAUUACUGUUGCCAGUGUGGAAAGUUUUAGUGAGGAGAACAGCACUGGAGACCCUGCUAUUGCCACUUUAUUUGAGUUCAGCUAAUCUCAGGGAAACUUCACAAACCAUUCACUAAUAAGCUUAAAUAACUGCAGAUGGCACAUUAAAGGCUGCAGUCUGUUUGAUCUGCAGGAUUCAGUGAAGCAGUUGGCAAAGGCUUCAACACCCUCUCUAGUCCAAAAAGGACAAGGGUAGCAGGUGCAUGAAAAUACCAAUUGAAAGUUCACCUCCAAGUCACACAGCAUCCUGAUUGAAAAUAUCCUGUUUAUGUCUUCAUCCUGGAGUCAAAACAGCAUUGUGGAGCAGCGACAUCAUAUUGACAUAGCAGCUUGAGGCAAUCUACCAGCUUUCUCAGGUCAAUUACAGAUGGACAUUAAAUAGCAGCCCUGCCAAAUGUGUCCACAUCUGCAGAUGGAUUGAAUAAAAGCUUGUAGCCAGUAGACUUCAGUGAUGCCCAAGAAGAAUUAUGAUGUAAAACAUGCAGACCAAAGAUAUAUUUUUCUAAGUGUAUCGAAUUGUUCCUUCAGACAAAAGACACCCAUUAGAGAAGCUCGUUCAGAGGAGGAUAUUGGGUUGCAGAUUAGUUUGCUUAGUCUGAAAUCAUUUCUGCAAAAGGCCAUUGAAAGAGAAAAAAAUUGGACAAAUUCAGGAUAGAACAGUGCCUCUGUUUCAAACUGGAUUUUCCACGUUUCUUUGAAAUCGAAAAAAAAACAGAUUGCCAGGUUGCAUCAGGGUAAUAUAGUCCUUCUAGUUAAGUGAAAAGGUUAUUUUUCAGGACCACUGUAAAUAAGGGUUGUCUCUAUUCCUGAUGGAUUUUUGUCAUUCGUGUCUGCUUAAGGCAAUGGAUAGACUUUGUUACUACAGAACCUGUCAUUGCUUUGUAGAGUUAUAAUAAAACAGCAUAAUAGAC